AUGCUGUCUUGGCUUAUUGGCGCGGUGCUUAUCACAGGGUUUUCCUCGUCCACGCUGUCUUGGCUUAUUGGCGCGGUGCUUAUCACAGGGUUUUCCUCGUCCUGCCUCUCAUCCUCAGAAGGGCCCUCUGUCUCAUUGAUUGAUGUAAAACUGCUUUCGCCUUCCGUUGCCAUAGGCAAGUCAUCGAUUCCGACAGUCGAAAACGAAAUAGUGUUUGAAAGAGCUGGCGUCGCCGUUGCAGUCGCAACUGGUCCGGUAAAUGUCGGAUUAAACGGGGGAAUUGUGUUAGAGAUGUUGCCUUCGUCAUCCUCAGAUGCGGGGGUCUCAGGAACAAGAAUGCCUUCAACCGCAAUUGGAGAUGCACUAACUUCCAGCUCGGAUUCGCUAUCGGCCAAGUCCAUCCUUAGUGUUCGCAUUUCAAGGUUAUCUUCGAUUGCAGUGCUCGCAAUGCUCUUUGCAUCGGAAGAGCCCCCUGCAUGUGCCUUAUCAGCACUUACAUUUCCCCUAGAGAGCACCGAGCAGCACAACGUCGCUACAAGCAGCAAUCGUAGGAGCAAGUUGCUCCACGACAUAUCGAAAGACAGAGAUUUCCACGCGUCCGGAUUGAAAAUGCACAGCCCCGGGCGUCGUUCGGCCUGGGGCUGUCAGGAAUGA